AUGUGGUGACAGGACCACCUAGCUGUGCUGUUCUUCUCCCCAGGCCUGACGCUCACCGUGGCUUCACUGAUACGUUUCUUCUUACACACAGGCCUGUCUAGAGAUGCGCCCAACAUGUGUGUCACCCACCACUAUGACCUCAUGAGCUUCCACUUCAUGGUUAUCCUGAUGUUCUCCCAGGUGACCAGCUUCUGCUGUGCUGCCAUGGGAUCACUGUACACAGAGAUGACAGGUGACAAGUUUCUCCGAUGCUUUGCCCGACCAUCGAGUGAGGAGGCAUGCUGUGAUACCAAUGGAGCCAUGUUCUUCAAUGGCCUACCCCUGGACUUUCUUUCUAUCUACUACUGGGAGGAGAAACACUGA